AUGGCGCCUUUCUUCUUCUUCUUCUUCUUCACUACAUUCCUAUGUUCUCUUCUUCUUCUUCCCGCCAUCUUUCGGAAAUUCUGUGUUGGAAUUGAUACGCUUUUUCCAGAUCAAACGAUUGUAGUUGGGCAAACUUUGAUUUCCGAAUCCCUAGUUUUCGAGCUCGGAUUUUUCUCCCCUGGAAAAUCCAGAAAUUAUUUCUUAGGGAUUUGGUAUAAAAGCACGCCGGAGAUCGUAGUCUGGGUUGCGAAUCGGAACACCCCUAUAACAGAACCACAAGGAGUAGUCUUAACCGUAGUUGGUAAUCAAACCCUAGUUAUACGCAGGGGCGAAAUCGUAAUUUGGUCGUCGGAGAAUUCUUCAUCGGUGGCAUCAAUUCCGGUGUUACAGCUCUUAGACACUGGGAAUUUGGUAUUUAUCGACAUGGCAAGUGGAAUUUGGAUAUGGCAGAGCUUCGAUUAUCCAACUGACACGUGGCUGCCAGGUAUGAAGAUGGUGGAUGACGUGGAAGCUGGUGCAGAGGCGAGUUUGACGUCGUGGAGAAAUUCCGACGAUCCUUCUCCGGGAGAGUUUCUCUUCAGGAUCGAAAAUAAUGGUUUGCCGGAGAUGGUGGUUUACAGAUGGGGGAAAACGAAGGUUUUCCGAACCGGAAUUUGGAACGGGCUUUACUUCGGCGGCGUUUUGCCCUUCCCCAAUCGACUUUUCAAACCCCAACUUGUUUUCGAUGGAGAGAGGCUGAUAUAUGCAGUGGAACCCUAUGACAGCUCAAUUUCCACUAGAGUGACAAUGGAGAAAUCCGGUUCGCUGAAUCGUUUUACAAUGAAUUCCAGAAAGGAUAAGUGGAAUAUCGUUUUCGCAAAUCCACGAGAUCCGUGUGAUGAGUAUAAUCAGUGUGGUCCUUAUGGCAUCUGCAGAGUCGACAAACCGGUAAGAUGCGAGUGUUUUAAGGGUUUUGCACCGAAAUCACAAAAAGAUUGGGACCAUCAAGAUUGGUCAGAUGGAUGCAGUAGAGUUACGCCGUUGAAUUGUAAUAAUGGAGAUGGUUUUCUUGAGUUUAGAAGGGUGAAGUAUCCUGAUAUGUUGAAGUUUUUCUUAAACACGGGCAUGAGCCUCGAUGAAUGCCGUGCUCGGUGCUUAAGAAACUGUAAUUGCACUGCAUAUGCUAAUCCGUACAUAACUAACGAAAGCCAUGGAUGCUUGUUGUGGUUCGGAGAGCUCGUUGAUAUUAAAGAAAAUCUUGCUGCAGAUAUUAAGCAAGUCAUCUAUAUUCGAUUACCAGCUUCAGAACUAGAUGGUAGCACCGAUUUAGAGGAGAAGGAGAAGAAAAGUCCUGCAAAGCUAAUAGUGAUAUCAAUUGCUGCCGGAGUUUUUGUCUCGGGCUUUAUCAAUGGAGGUAUACUUUUCAUGACAAGACGAAAGACACCAGCAAAAAAGAAUGAUGGUGAUGAUCUAGAAUUGCCUAUAUUCAAGCUGGAAACUGUUGUGGCUGCAACAAACAAUUUCUCCACAGAAAACAUAAUUGGAGAAGGAGGAUUUGGUUCUGUUUACAGGGGCAAUUUGUCAGCAGAAGAAGAAAUAGCCGUUAAAAGAUUGUCAAGAUCUUCAAGUCAGGGUAUUGAAGAGUUCAAAAAUGAAGUAGUUUUGAUUGCCAAGCUUCAACAUAGAAAUCUCGUCAGGCUUUUGGGAUGUUGCAUUGAAGGAGAGGAAAGAAUGCUAAUCUACGAAUACCUACGGAAUAAAAGUCUGGACUGUUUUGUUUUCGAUCAAAAUCGAGGGAAAAUUUUGACAUGGCCUAAGAGUUUCGAUAUUAUCAUGGGAAUCGCAAGGGGACUGUUGUACCUCCACCAGGAUUCCAGAUUGAAGAUUAUCCAUCGAGAUCUCAAAACGAGCAAUAUUCUACUAGAUGCAAAUUUAAAUCCAAAAAUUUCAGAUUUUGGCUUAGCAAGAGCCUUUGGAGAAGAUCAAUCUAUUGCUAGAACAAAACGAGUUGUCGGGACCUAUGGGUAUAUGGCUCCGGAAUACGCAAUUGAUGGGAAAUUCUCGGUGAAGUCUGAUGUAUUUAGCUUGGGAGUGGUAUUGUUAGAGAUAGUGAGUGGGAGAAAGAACAAAGGUUUCAACAACUGUCAUAACUAUUAUACCCUGUUGGGAAAUGCAUGGUUGCUAUGGAAAGAGGACAAGACUCUGGAGUUGAUGGAUGAAAGUUUAAACGAGACAUUCGUCGAAUCUCAAGUGAAAAGAUGUGUACAAGUUGGGCUAUUGUGUGUUCAGAAAUUUGCAGAAGAUAGGCCGGUUAUGCCAGCUGUGGUUUUCAUGUUGGGAACUGAUGGAGCUGUUUUGCCUGAACCGAAAGAGCCUGCGUUUUUUUACGAGAGAAGUUCGAGCUCUGUAACAAGUGGUACAUCGCCAAGUACGAAAUCCGAUAGUAACACAAUGACUAUUACUGAUUUGGAGGCAAGAUAGAGGAAUUUUCGGACAUACAAUGCGUGGUUGAGUGAUACCACUCCUAUUCUUGAUUGUGAGAGGUCCGAGGUUCAAUCCCAGUGUGUGCGUGUCUGCGGGUAUGUGUCUUGUAUGUGUGUGUGUAUAUAUAUAUAUAUAAUUCUAUGGUUAAUGGUUAUUUGGAGUCUUAUAAUAAAUUAGUUUUGCUUUAAGUUUGUUCACAUAUCAUUAUGUAGUCUAUAAUUUGGAGGAACUUGAAUGCAUGUAACUACGGUUUUAUAGAUUUCCGAACGACUGGUAAAGCUCUCCAAACAUGAGAAAUUUCUUCAGUUAAUGACUCUUUAAGUUAUCGACAUGUCCCUGAUAU